UUUCUCAGAGAACUUGUUGUGAGUUACAUAAAGAGGGAUUUUACUGGUCAGUUAAUGAACCCGGCUGUGCGCUCACGCAAGGAACGUCCAACGACGCCGACGACGACGACGACGAAAACGACGAGGACGACGGCUGAGUCGGCAUUACGCAAAAGGCAAGAAUAAAGGACCAACGACGAGAUCACGACGAGUGAAAGUGAAGCCGGGGUAACGCGCGUCCCACCUGGACCAGGCGUGAAAGUCCAGUGCGUAAUACGAACGCGAGGGACACGUGGUGUGGUGGUACCUGUCGAAACCGCGCUAUCGACACGACGACGACGAGGCGAUAUUGAUGAUAACGACGGCGAUAAUGACGACGCAGGUACGCACUUACAGCGAGAACAAUGCUCGGGGCAGUAACGCCAGAUGAUGAUGAUGAUGAUGAUGAUCCCCUCUAGACGCAAUUCUGGAUCAACGCGCACUCAAUCGCCAAUCAGAGCGUAAAGUGAUUAAUUAUCUCUCUCUGGAUUAUAUAAUCCACUUUUAUUCAACUGAGGUUGAUAGUUUAUUCAUCAAUCGAAGAGUAUCGACCGUUCGAGGAUUAUUGAGAGCCGGUCUGAAUAAAAGUGCGAUUAAUAAACAUUGUUUAAUAUUAUUUCCAAGAAACAUUAUUAAUUAAAUAAAUUGCAGACAGCUAAAAUUAAGGUUAAUAAAAGUGACGUGAUUGGUUCGGACUAAUUGGUGUAGAACCAUCUGAUCAGUGUCUUUUUGGGUGAGAUCAAUAUUUUUUAUCAAUCAACGAGCUCAAGAGAAAAUUCUUCUGCACGAUUUGUGAAUUAAUCGAAAAUCGAAGAUGAAGUUUAUCGCAUCCUUGUUUGGGACUGGGUCCCCGAAAGCGAUGGGCAGGCAGUACAUGAAAGUCGGCAGGAACGCCCUUUUUGGUGUGAGGACUGACAACAUUGACACUAUUUGUACCGAAAAAGUGCCGAGGCCGUUAUCCUUGCUAAUCUCUAAGAAAGGAAAACUCAGGCACGGUAGGAUAGCAGCAAUCUGCCUAGGUCUCCUUGCACUUAUAAUCGGCAUAGUGCUCAGUAGCAUACCGUGGGUUGAUUACCUUAUUUUAAGACAACUGCGACUAUGGAACGGCUCGCUCUCCUUUCAAUAUUGGCAAAAGCCAGGCGUAGCUCGAUUAACCAAAGUCUACAUAUUUAAUGUAACCAACACGGAGAACUUCCUGCAGUUUAACGAGAAGCCAAAGCUCCAGGAAAUCGGCCCAUUCGUUUAUCGAGAGGAUAUGGAAAAGGUUAACAUCGUAUUUCACAAUAACGGAACCGUCAGUUAUCAGCAUAAGAAAAUUCUGAACUUUGUACCUGAAAUGUCUAAAGACGGAAAUAUCAAAUUGAUGGUGCCGAAUAUACCUUUGCUAACACUUUCGACGCAAAGCAAGAGCCUUCCACAUAUCAUCACAAUGGGAUUAUCAAUUUUCUUGAGCGGGAUGCAUAUGAAACCCUUCGUUCCUGUGACGGCGCAGGAACUCGUCUUUGGGUAUGACGAUCCACUAGUUAGUCUCGGAUAUCGAUUUCUUCCCAAAACAAGACGGCCCAUGAGCAGAAUGGGCCUUCUUAUCGGAAGAAACGGCACAUUGAGCGAAAUAUCCACAAUAUUUACCGGACAUACAGAUAUGAAAGAGUUUGGUUUGAUAAAUCGAUUGAACGGGCUUGAUCAUUUGCCGUAUUGGCCGACGGCACCUUGUAAUUCCAUUACAGCUUCGGAAGGAUCCUUCUUUCCGCCGCGGGAUCAGACCGGUGCUGAUAUCAUUCACGUGUGGGACAAGGAUCUCUGCAGAACAUUGCCGUUGCAAUAUCGCGGACCGGUAGAAAAAACUGGUAUCAAGGCGGAUUUAUAUACCCCGCCAGAUGUAGUUUUCGGUCAACCGAACGAGACUACGGAGAAUGAGUGCUUUUGCUCCGACGGCAUCAACAAUUGUCCCCUGCAAGGCUUGCAAGACAUUAGCCCGUGCCAGUACAGUGCGCCAGUUUACCUCUCGUUUCCACACUUUUACAAAGCCGAUCCUAAAUUGUUAGAUGCCAUUGACGGACUCAACCCGAUGGAAAAGCUACACGAAACAUACUUCAAAAUUCAACCGAAACUCGGUGUGCCGGUCGAAGUUAAAGUUCGCGUCCAGUUGAAUCUAAAAGUAGAGCAACAACAUAAUAUUGCGGUGGUCUCGAAUUUCUCUGACAUAGUUUUCCCUAUCAUGUGGCUCGAGGAGGGCAUAGAAGAGCUUACGCCGCCCAUCAGACGAUGGAUCUAUCUUGCGACCACGUUCGCCGACAUCGCUGUACCCUGCAUCACAUACGGUAUGAUUCUAGUCGGAUUGACGAUAAUCAUUACAGUGUUCGUGAAGAUUUACAAGAGUCCAGUGUUGGCGCACGAGGCAAUCGAGCUCGGCAAGAGGACUAUCAGGAGGGGCUCGUCCUUUCUGAUAACCGGCCAGCAUCGUUUGUUGGCCGGUCGAGACUCUUAUAUCUUAUUGAACAACGAUGACUUCGACGAGAACCAGGGCGUGAUAGAGGUCUGAUGGACAUGCUGUUCUGUGCAUGAAUUUUAAUGUUUGCUGAUGCUGUAUAAAUAAGUGUACGCAUUAAUUAUAGUGAUCGUCACGUAAGCGAUAAUUAAUGACGCUUAGUCCCGAUUCUUCGUAAAUUAAUUUAAUUGUGACAUUCAUAAAAGAUUUAUUAAAUAGUGAUGGUAUAUGCUGAAAGUAAUUAGAGAAUCGCGAUUUUAGAUAGCAGAAUUUAAGAAUCUCACAGGAAUUAAGAUAACUAGAAUCUAAGGCGUUUAAAAAUUUAACUCAUCUAUGUCUCAAGGUAUGAUUUAGGAUCCAAAAAAUUUAAAUAAUCUACGAUUCAAUUAACUUGGAUUUUGAUUAACAUAUGAUUUAAGGUGUUUAUAAAGUUCGAAGAAUAUAGGAAUUAUAAAGUCUUACAUGACAUAAGGAGAUCUUCAUCGAGACUUUAAUUGUCAAUAAAAUGUAUAUGCUAAGAGCUCUUAUACGACUCUUUCAUAAAACUUGCCGAAAGGCUACGAGUCUUUUAAUUAAUCUAGGAUUGUAUUUGAUUUUUUUUAUUAUUUCACCAAAUAUAACCGUAAACUGCACACACAGUUAGUGUGUAUAACUAGAUUGUAAUUAAGAUUUAAGAAAUCUCGGCAUUAAUUCUUAGGCUUAGGAUUCUCGAAGCCACAUAUCAUCUAAAUUGGAUUUAACAAUCCAAGUAUUAAAAUUUUUAAAGAUUUUUUUCCAAGGGUUGAUUGUGCAAGAAUUAUGGUGCAUGUAUAUAUAUUUCAUCAAUUAAAUGAUAACCGAUUUAUUUCUUGUCAAAAAAAGAAUCGAGCUAAUAAUUAAAUCUAGGCGUCAUUAAUUAAUAAUAAUAUCGUUGCUAAAAAAAUGUUGGUUAAGUACCUGCGAUACGGUAUGUGACGUAAUGUAAAAUGCAUCUUCUUUGACUGCGUACACCAAAGUCUCACUGUUGAUGGAUAACUAAUUAACUAUAACUAUAUGCGGAGCCAAAUUGGUAUUUGUAUAUUCAUUUCACGUGAAGAAAGGCUUCCUUUUAUUUUACGCGAAUUUUUAUUCGGACGAAAUCCGCGGAACAGUUUUUAUUUGUUUAAAUGGAAUCGAAAUUCGCCAAAGAAUCCUUCACGAUCUUUCACAAUGCGUGAAAGUAAACCGAUACGACCAUUAUAAUAUUCGUAUAGCUAUAACAAAAUGUAAUAUGUAUUAGCGUUUUCCUUAUUAGUUAUGGAAGAAAACUUUUGGGAUCCAAGGGACGUUUGUGUAAUUAAUCAGGGAUUACCUGAUAACCUUCGCGAGAGAUCCCUAGAUUAUAUUGAAUAUAUUAUUAUGUCUGUGAUUCCAUUCUUAUUUAUAUGUAAUAUGCAAUUUGCGUUUGAAUGGAGAGCAACGAGGAGAAGCUUCAUUGGCAAUUACGCGAAUGGACGAAACUUUUACUUGUGCCGAUCGUGGCAAGAUCGCGCGUGACGAUGCUUCUUCUCAACGUGUCCCACUCGUACUCGGCCAUAAUCUAGUGCAAUAUUAGUGAUCGUAUGUGUUAAGUAAACCAUUGCCAGCAAUCGUGCGGCGAAAUAAUGUCGAACUAUAAUAGAAGUAAGGUCAGUUGCACCGAUCAAUUUUAGCGCUACAUAUUAUUACGCAAAUCUAAAUAUCAGGUUAACGAUUUGGAACCCGGCUCCAGUUCUAUAGAAGAACAUUGGAAAGACACCAAUUUAGUUUAAUCAUGAUUACUGUUAAUCGAUAUCGGUGCGUUAUAUGAGUUAAAUACGGCUUGACGGUUAAUCAAAUGAAUGAUACAUUGAAAAUGUAAUAUAAUUAUGUGUAUCGGUUUUAAGUAUUUUUAAUAUAUCCCAAGAAUGUGUGAAAAAACAUUAGAGGGUAAGCUUGUUCUAGCACGAACGGAAUUUUCUAACCGAAAUUUAAUAAAAUAACUUUAUCC